AUGAACUCUAUAGCAGCUAAUGGAGUUACAGUACACUUCCACGUUAGAGUGUCCACAGCCUUCGGUCAAGAAGUUCUCAUUUCCGGAAAUAUUCCAGAAUUAGGAAAUUGGGAUGCAGAAAAGGCAAUCAAAAUGCAAUUUGAGCAAAACUUAGACUACUGGACAGCAAAUGUUGAAAUUCCAAAGUCAAAGGAACAAAGAGUUGUCGAAUACAAAUACAUUAUUUCCAAUGGCGAUAACAAACAGUGGGAACCAGAACAGAACCACAAACUUGUAUUAGGCGAGAUCAACGAAAACGUCAUCAUCAAUGUUGAAGACCACUUCCACUGGAGAGAUAAUGUUCUUGACGCCUUCAGCCGUGCAACAUUUGUUGGUGCAAUCAACUCAAGAGAAAGCCCAGUCAAAAGCGAGCCAAUUUCCGUCAAGCAGACAGGAGAUGCGAUCCAAACAUAUUUCACAACAAAUUGCCCAUACGUCAGACCAAAUCAAGUCCUCAGAAUCGUUGGUAAUGUCCCAGAACUCGGCAAUUGGGAUCCAAAGAAAUCAUUGGUUCUAGCAGAUGGUUGCUUCCCAAUUUGGACAGGAAACAAAGUUUUCGCAAAAUCUUCCUUUCCAUUCGAAUACAAGUACGUCAUUGAGAACAAGGACAACAACACAUUCAUUUGGGAAGAUUGCGAGAACAGAAUUUGCCCAACUCCUGUUUCGGCUGAUGGCAAGAUCAUGAACUACGUCCAAGAUUGGUUCGUCAGUCCAAACAAAGACUUGUUCAAGGGAAUGGGCAUUUACGUUCCUCUCUUCUCCCUUAGAACAAACGAAUCCCAGGGCAUUGGUUCAUACACAGAUCUCAAGAAGUGUGUCGAUGCUUGCAAUAAGAUGGGUGCUUCUCUUAUCCAGUUACUUCCAAUCAAUGAUACAACAGAGAAGGGAGAAUGGUGCGAUUCUUAUCCAUACCGCCAAGUUUCUUGCUUCGCUUUGCAUCCAGUUUACAUUGAUCUUCUUGCUAUUACAAGCAAACUUCCAGCAGCAAUGAAGAAAGAAAUCAUCGAGGCCAAGGAGAAGUUCGAGAAAUUCGAGCAAGUUGAAUAUCCAGAAGUUUUCGCUUUCAAGAUGAAAUAUCUCAAGCAAAUCUUCAAACUCGAGAAGAAUGAGUUCGCCAAGAAUGAUCUCGAGAAAUUCCUCAAGAAGAAUGGAUCAUGGUUGAAGCCAUACGCUCUCUUCUGCCUCCUCAGAGAUGAAUACAAGACAACAGAGUUCCGCAAGUGGCCAAAGUAUUCAACAAUCACUCCAGCUGAACUCGAAGAAGCCUGCGAAAAGAAGAAGAACGAAUUACUCGAGAUCUACUGGAUCCAAUAUGUUGCUGACAAGCAAUUCGAGGAAUCAUACGAUUACGCAACCAAGAAUCAUGUUGCUCUUAAGGGAGAUCUUCCAAUUGGUGUUAACAUCAACUCUGUUGAGUGCUGGGCCUUCCCACAACUCUUCAGGCUCCACAUGUGCGCUGGCGCUCCUCCUGAUGAUUUCUCAUCUGAUGGCCAGAACUGGGGAUUCCCAACAUACGACUGGGAAGCAAUGGAAAAGGAUGGAUUCUCAUGGUGGCGUUCAAGACUCACAAGAAUGGCUGAACUCUAUCACCAACUCAGAGUUGACCACAUCCUUGGCUUCUUCAGAAUUUGGGAAGUUCCACGUGAAACAUGCGUCAGAGGUCUUCUUGGACAUUUCUUCCCAUCUGUUCCAUUCUCACGCGAUGAACUCAAUGGAAUGGGUCUUUGGGACAUUGACAGACUCACAAAGCCAUACAUCAGAUGGCACAUCCUUUGCGAGAAGUUCCAAGGUGAUGCCGAAUAUGUUUCACAUAAAUAUUUCAACAGCAAAGGCUGGAACGCUCAAGACGACUACUACGAGUUCAAGCCAGAGUACGAUAAUGAGAAGAAGGUUCUUCAGGCUCUUGAGAAUGAUAAGACACUCUCUGAUGAGAAGCGCGAGCACUUCAAGUAUUGCCUCUUCCAGCUUAUUGGCAACGUCAUUCUCAUCGAAGAUCCAGAGAGAAAGGGAUUCUACCACAUGAGAACAGAAGUCAUCAAAGAUCAUGUCGAAGCCACAAAGGAAGGACCGAUAGUUUACGUUUCAUCAUCAUGGAACGAACUCGAUGAAGGACUCAAGCAGCGCGUUAAAGAAGAAGCUCACAAGUUCUUCUACGAGAGAAUGACAAAUCUUUGGGUACAAAAGGCUCAACCAAAGCUCAACGUUCUCAAGAAUGCAACAAAGAUGCUCAUCUGCGGUGAAGAUCUUGGUCAAAUCACAGCAGGCAUCAUUAGAGCUAUUGAUGAAUCAGCCAUCCUUUCUCUUCAUGUCCAGAGAAUGUCAAAGAUUCCAGAAGAAGAUUUCGAUGAUUUCCACAAAUUCGGAUAUCUUUCAGUCGCUUGCCCAUCAACACAUGAUACAUCAUCACUCCGCGGAUGGUGGGAGGAGACAAAGGCUACAAGAGAGAACUUCUGGUACAAUAUUCUCCGUAGACAUGAUGCCUGCCCAGAAACACUUUCUCCAGAAGUACAAGAGGAUAUCCUCAAGCAGAACAUCUGGUCCAACUCAAUGUGGGCCAUCUUCCUUCUACAGGAUAUCACUUCAAUCUUCCCAGAGUUGAGACUUCAGUCUGCUGAAGCUGAAAGAAUCAACAUUCCAGCAGAUCCAAAUCAUAAGUGGCGCUAUCGCUAUCCAUACAAGCUUGAAGAGCUUAUUGCAAAUGAUAAACUUAACAACCACGUAAUGCAGCUUGUCCGUGAUUCCCACAGAAUCUAA